AUGCGUAACCAAGUGCUCCACGCGGAGCUGGCAGAUGUGCGACAGCAGCUCAGAAGAUUACAGAAGCAGACUGCCAAUGCCAAGAGAAAGAAGCAAGGAAGGGUGCUGCGACAUGGUCAGGGCUGGCGAUGCUCGCCUUCCAGCCCGCCCUGCUUGGUGGUCUUGGAAUACAGCGGUGGUAUUGCUGACGUAGCUGCAGACUUUGUGCAGGGCCGAGGUUGUUGGAAGAAAAGAACUUUUGUUGCCGCGGCUUCUGGGAUUUGUUCUGGAGAAAGGCGACAGCUGGUUUCUGAUAUUGAAUCAGCCUAUGAUACGGCGCCUUUGUCGCAGAUUGCAAGGCUUUGUGGCAACCCUGUCCAAGCUGGUUUGGUCAGUGGAGCUCAGAUGUUGAAAAUUCUCCGCUGGUUGAUGGAACGUUCUUUGACUGCAUGGGUUGAAGAGCAAAACGCAGUUCAUGGUGUGGCCCCAUCUCGGGCACAGUUGGUGGAGCAAGCUUUGUGUGCCAUACCUGCUUUGGCGCCGCAGUUUUACCAGCAAAAAUUGCGUUCACUUCUGGUCACUACACCUCGUAGCCAGAGGAGAUGGUUGGCGACGUUUCGAUUGCGUUGGGGGUUGCGCAUCGGAAAGCUCAAGCUGUGCAGCCACCUAUCAGUGCAAGAGAAGCAAUCCAAGGAGUUCAAGGCAGCUUUUAAAGAGAUGUGGCGUCGACGCAAAGCCGCAUCUGCAGCUGGUUCGGUGACAACGAUGCAAUGGCUCGAGGUUGUGGUAGCUGCCAUUGAGGUUGUGUUGCCGGCCAAUGACUGGGAGGCAGCUUUUGCAGCAGUUGGGGCGGUAGCAGAGCAAACGUGUCUUGGAGAGAGACUUUGUGAUGCCUUGGGCUGGAAGCUGUGUCCACAAGUUCCAGAAGGUCGGCUCGAGGUGGUCACCUUGAGGUCGGCUCGAGGUGGUCACCUUGAGGUCGCCUUGGGGUCAGGUUGGCGGUGUGGUGCGGUGGCCAUUUUGGAUCGUUGCGCAGCUUUGCUCCACCAAGAAAUGGAGACCUUGAAGCGCCGCCGUGUUGAGUUGAAGCGCCAAUCGAAGCAAGCAGCCAAAGAUCAGAAGCUCCUAGCUGCGAAGCGACAGCUGCCAAAGGCCUGUCCGCUGAUGACCUCCAGCUGCUUCUGCAACGUGCGCAACAAGGUCGUGCUUAUGUGCUGGAAGUUCCGGCGCAUGCUGUCCUCCAAGUGUCAGGUGAUGCUGCUGCCGUCGGGGCUGCUGCUGGUGGCGGAGGUGGUGGAGGCUCCAAGCGGAAUGCGCUUGAGUGUUUCUGUUGCAAAGGUGUCGGAGUUGCGCUCGGAGAAGGUGCCUGACUCGCUUGGUGGCCGGGUGUCCACGGUUGCGAUUCCCAGCACGUGA